CUACCGUUGGCUAAUUUUGCGGCGAGCUAGGGCAGGAGAGCUGCGGCGUCCGUGAGUCAGGGAAUUUCGUCGAGUCCGUCGUGAACUUCUCGGACUCUGCUGACACACCGCCGUGAAAAUGGUGCAGUCAACAAUGAAUAUCACUUCAGCAGCGGGAAUAAUUUCCCUGCUUGAAGAGAACCAAACAGAGCUCAAAGUGUUCGCCUUGAAGAAGCUGGACAACAUCGUCGACGAGUUCUGGGCUGAGAUCUCCGAGGCAAUCGAGAAGAUUGAGGUUCUGUACGAGGACGAUGGUUUUCCUGAGAGGCACCUGGCUGCGCUGGUUGCUUCCAAGGUCUACUACCAUCUUGGCUCAUUUGAAGACUCUCUAACUUAUGCCCUUGGUGCGAGCGAGCUCUUUGACGUAACUACAUCGUCGGAGUACGUGCAGACCAUCAUAUCAAAGUCCAUUGACCACUACAUAAAGCUGCGCAAGCAGCCGGAGGAGAGUGAGGGCAUUGACGAGCGAUUGGAGGCCAUCGUGAACCGCAUGUUCCAGCGCUGCUUUGAUGAUAAGCAGUACCGGCAGGCCGUGGGCAUUGCGCUCGAGACACGCCGCAUGGACAUGUUUGAGAAGGCCAUCGUGGUUUCAAAAGAAGUUCCUGGAAUGCUGGCCUACAGUGCCAAUGUGGCCAUGACACUCGUCCAAAAUCGGGCCUUCCAGGAUGAGGUGUUGCGCACCUUGGUUCGACUCUACAAGGGUCUUGCCACACCAGACUAUGUCAACAUGUGCCAGUGCCUCAUCUUCUUGGAUGACGCACAGUCAGUGGCAGAUGUGCUUCUGCAGCUCCUUAAAGCCAAGAAGGAGUCGACACUGAUGGCAUACCAGAUUGCAUUCGACCUCUACGAAAGUGCCACCCAGCAAUUCCUGACACGCGUACUUCAGGCACUGCGCACCUUGGGUGCCGGGGCAGCAACAGCAGCAUCGGAAACAACUGCACCAGCAGAGGCUGUAGAGGCAACCGAAAAUGCACAGGAGACAAACACAGAACCAGCAGCGAUGGACCAGCCUGCUGACAAUGAUGACAAGGAAAAGAUGGACAAAUUAGCCACCAUCCUCAGCGGAGAGGUCACCAUCGGCUUGCAUCUGCAGUUCCUUAUCCGCAGCAACCAUACUGACCUGCUCAUCCUCAAGCAGACCAAGGAUGCUGUGCGGAAUUCGGUCUGCCAUACGGCCACAGUGAUUGCCAACUCUCUGAUGCACUGUGGCACUACUAGUGACCUCUUCCUAAGGGACAAUUUGGAGUGGCUCGCUCGUGCCACCAACUGGGCCAAGUUCACAGCCACAGCCAGCCUCGGCGUCAUACACAAGGGUCAUGAGAAGGAGGCCCUACACCUCAUGUCAUCAUACCUGCCCAAGGAGUCAGGCCCUGGCAGCGGGUACACGGAGGGUGGUGGGCUGUAUGCUCUGGGUCUGAUUCAUGCCAACCAUGGUGCCUCCAUCACAGAUUAUCUACUCUCACAGCUCAGAGAUGCCACCAAUGAGAUUGUACGUCAUGGAGGAAGCCUUGGCCUUGGUCUUGCUGCAAUGAGCACGCACAGGGAAGACAUUUAUGAGCAGCUGAAGCACACUCUGUACCAGGACGAUGCAGUUGCUGGGGAGGCUGCAGGCAUCGCCAUGGGCCUGGUCAUGCUGGGCUCCAAUUCACACUCCACACUGGGUGAUAUGAUUGCUUAUGCCCACGAGACACAGCACGAGAAGAUCCUGCGUGGCCUGUCAGUGGGCAUAGCAUUGGUGCUGUACGGACGUCUGGAGGAGGCUGACGAUCAGAUUGAUGCCUUGGCAAAGGACAAGGAUGCACUGUUACGUCGUUCAGCCAUGCACGCCAUUGCCAUGGCCUACUGUGGAUCUGGAAACAACAGGGCUGUACGCAGGCUUCUGCAUGUUGCGGUGAGCGACGUGAAUGAUGACGUAAGGCGUGCAGCAGUUGAAGCCCUUGGAUUCAUCUUGUUCAGGACACCUGAACAGUGCCCCGGUGUUGUGUCCCUUCUCUCGGAGAGCUACAACCCCAAUGUGCGCUACGGCUCGGCCAUGGCACUUGGCAUCUCGUGUGCUGGCACUGGCAACAAGGAAGCCCUGUCUCUACUGGAGCCAAUGACCAACGAUCCUGUCAACUAUGUCCGCCAGGGGGCGCUGAUUGCCUCUGCACUGAUCCUCAUCCAGCAAACAGAGGCUACCUGCCCAAAAGUCAAGGACUUCCGACAGCUCUACCACAAGGUUGUGAGUGACAAGCACGACGAUGUGAUGGCCAAGCUAGGUGCCAUCCUGGCCCAGGGCAUCCUGGAUGCAGGUGGCCGCAAUGUAACCGUUGCGAUGACUUCUCGCACUGGUCAUGUGAACAUGGCUGCUGUUGUAGGCAUGCUUGUCUUCACACAGUUUUGGUACUGGUUCCCUCUGGCGCACUUCUUGUCGCUGGCCCUGAGCCCAACCUGCCUGGUUGCCCUGACGGGGGAGCUGCGCAUGCCACGGCUGCAGAUUCGGUCAGGGGCCAAACCUUCGACCUUUGCCUACCCACCACCACUGGAGGAGAAGAAAGAGCGGGAGCGCGAGAAGGUCACCACGGCGGUGCUUUCCAUCACAGCCAAGGCACGCCGUCGGGAGGCACACACCUCUGGCAAAGAAUCGCCCACACCUGCGGCAACACCUGAGACCAUGGAAGUGGAUGAAGAACCUUCUACUAGCACUACAGCAGUAAAGAAGGAGGAGACACCAGCUGCUGGCACAGAAGAGGCUAAAAAGGAAGGCACUGAGGCUCCUGCUGGCGCUGAAGCCAAGUCUGAAGCCAAGUCUGAAGCCAAGUCUGAACCCAAGUCUGAAGUUAAGACUGAAGUCAAGGCCAAACCAGAGCCAAACUUUGAGCUCCUCUCCAAUCCAGCAAGAGUAGUGAAACCACAACUGAAAGUGCUUACCAUGCCUGAAGGCUCGCGCUAUCGGCCCAUCAAGGAUAUCACAAUUGGUGGCAUUAUCAUGGUGACAGACACAAAGUCAAGUGAAGAGGAAGAAUUGGUGGAGCCUGUCUCAGCUGGAGGCCCCACUGCAGAGAGUGACGAGGGUGACGAACCUGAGGCUCCAGAACCAUUCGAGUACCCGUUUGACCAUGACUGAUUGCUACGUUUAUCCGUGGUUUAUUGCUGCUGUGUGAAUACAAAUUUGGACCUAGUU